AUGAAAGCCAGGUUUGUGAAGCAGACGUUGCUGGGCGAGGGCUCAUAUGGGCGCGCAUAUCUAGCCACCGACAAUGUGUCAAAUGAAAGUGUGGUCAUCAAAGAAUUUGUAGGGAAAAAGAUGUCGACAAACGCCAAACGCCUUGCGAUGGAGGAGUGUGCUCUGUUGUCCAAGAUGAACAACCCAAACAUAGUCGCCUACUUCGGCCACUUUAUGCAGAACGGCAAUCUCUCUAUAGUAAUGGAGUACGCCAAUAAGGGAGACCUCUCUGGACUGAUAAAUAAGGCAAACGGAAAGAGGAUUAGCGAGGAAAUCAUCAAGGACAUCUUCUACCAGCUCAUCAAGGCCGUUGCGUACAUACACAAAAGGAACAUCCUCCACCGUGACAUCAAGGCGGGGAAUAUCUUCCUGACAUCGGCGCCUGACAGCAAUUUCUACCGCGUGAUGCUGGCUGACUUUGGUGUGUCUAAGGUGCUCAGCAACGAUGACGCUUUAACAGAAACCCUAGCAGGCACUCCGUACUACCUAUCUCCAGAACUGUGUAACUCUGAGCCAUACGGGAAAAAGAGUGACAUGUGGGCACUGGGUAUAGUCCUGUACGAACUGAUGAUGCUAACAACCCCCUUCAGGGGAAAGAACCUCCAGGCAGUGUCGGCAAGAAUCACUCGUGGAAAGUUCCCUGAGAUAACCGGGCCGUACAGUGAGGCAAUCAAGAAUGUGUGCUAUUCGCUUCUGCGCAACGAUCCCAAUGAAAGACCUUCUGCGGUACAGCUCCUAGAUCACAAGAUGUUUAAGGGAUACACUGAGCUCUACAUUGCAGAGUCUGUCAGAGGCAACAAGACAUACAUCUCAAAUCCCGCCUCUCCAGCACCGGAAACUGGCAACAGAAACAGUGUUAGCGGUGUCACCAGAGAACCAUCGAGUGCAGAGGUGUCGCCCUCCAACGGAUGCAUCAAGCCAUCUGACCCAAUGGACAGCACACCCACGGAGCCUUAUCUCAUAGAGGUAUCACCUUUGAAGAUAGCCAAGAAGCAGUAUCACCGCAUAUUGUGUGAUCAGGUAGAGAAAGACGGCGACAACUCGGAUUACGAAUGUAUGAGUGAGUCUGCUCUGCACAACCUGGUCUACAGAAACAGCGUUCUACUCCAGCUAGCAGGGUAUCGCAAGCAAAUCGUCAAUGAAAUAGGGAAUGAUAGAUUCCAGCAGUAUCUGCAGAAGAUUGCUGCUAGCGACCAGACGCAGUUGACCAGGAGUGCAAUAGAGACUGUUGUCAGACAGAUCUUAGUGGGCGAAAAGGAGAAGGCUAUACUCACGGUGGUAGACUAUGUGACGUGCUAUACGUCAUUUAUGUGCUUCGAGCGCAACUAG